AUGGAGGGGCUGAGCCAGCGCUGCCCGCUGCCCCCCGCUGCCCAGGGCUGCCCCCGGCCCGGCCGCGGCACCGUGCUGCUGGCGCUGACGCUGCUGGUGCUGAUGUACCCCCUGCUCCGGGGCCUGGCUCUGCACCUGCACUCGGCUGUCACAGGCAGCUACAUCCCAGGGACACAUUCCAUCGCCUUCGUCAACUGCCUCAACGAGCAGAUCGCCAGGGACAUCGCCAGGGCCAUCAUGGAUAAGAAACUGGCUGCCUACGUGAACAUCCUGCCCAAGAGCUCGGCCUUGUAUUUCUGGAAAGGAGAACUGGAAGAAUCCACUGAAAUACUGCUGUUGGUGAAAACAAGGACGUCCAAAAUCGGGGAACUGUCCAACUACGUCAGAUCCAUCCAUCCCUUUGAAAUCCCCGAAAUCAUCAGCCUGCCUAUUGACCAAGGAAACCCUCUCUACCUCAAAUGGAUAGAGGAGAACGUCCCACGGGACUGA